AUGGCAGGAAACAAUGAUGCAGAUAAUCCAUUCAUGGAUACUAUUCUAACUCCCUCGUUCAACAGGCCCAACUCGAGCAUUGUUCAGCCUAACGUUGCCAACAACAAUUGGGAGCUCAAAUCUUUCCAUAUUCAAUUGGUGGAGAGAGCUCAGUUUGGAGGAGAGGAGAGUGAAGAUCUUCACAGGUUUAUUGACAGAUUCUUGAUGAUCUGUGACUCAACCAAACACCCUCAGGUGUCUAAUGACGAAAUCCGGUUGAGGUUGUUCCCUUUUGCUAUUAACGGAAAGGCUCUUAGUUGGUUGGAAAGGCAGCCUGUAAGAAGUAUUCCUACAUGGGAUGAUUUAUCUCAGAAGUUCUUUGCUGAAUUCUUCUCGAUGGAGAGAUACAACCAUAUGGUGAAUGAUAUCACCAAUUUCACUCAAUUAAUAGAGGGUGAAACGAUGUGUGCAUCAUGGAACCGAUUCAAGGAUUUACUGAGGAGGUGCCCUCAUUAUAACUUGACAGCUGGUAAUCAAGUGAGAAUUUUCUUCAAUGGUUGUAAACCUGAAGUGCGGAUGGUGUUGAAUAGUGCAACAGGUGGCAGUAUUAAAUCCUUGAGAGCAAAUGAGGCUUUUGAGCUGAUUGAAAGAAUGGCUGCAAAUGGGAAUGAAGGUUUGUCAUCCAAGCCUAAGAGAGGUAUCCUUCAGCUAGAAGGUAAUGAUGUUGUGCUGGCUGAGAAUAAAUUAUUAUCUCAGCAAAUGGACAAUCAUGAAUCCAAUAAAUGUCCUUCUUUGCUGUCGUCUGAUCCUCCUCAACAAGUGCAUGUGAAUGGCAUUUGGUAUGAUCAGAGGCCUCCGCCACAAAAUAUUCCAAGGAAUCAGAAUUUUCCUUCUGAAAAUAAUAACUUUCAGAGGAGGGUGCAGGGGACUGGUCUUGAUUUCAAGUCUAACAAUUAUUUGCAACCACCACCAGUUCAGUCUAAGGAACCUCCUGACUUGGAGAAGCUAGUGGGACAAUGGCUCAACAUUCCAAUGCUUUUAUGGAAGAGACUAGAGCCAAUACAAAGAAUACAUUGCCUCUAUUAG